CUCACCCAUCCAACGAUUCUCUUACCAAAAAAUCCGUUCGAAAAAAAUAAGGGGUCCUAAAUCUCGUUAACGACGCUUCUCUCACCGAACCGAAUCCUCAAAAUCUCCAUUGCCAUUCUCCUAAACUCAAUCCAUCCUCAUCCCUAUCGGCUUGCCUUAGCUUGUUCCUGCUCUCAUCACCGCGACGACGCCGCCCUCUUGAUCGCUGUAACUCGCUGCAUUUCCACCCAUAUUUUAUCGACGACAACCACAUCCCGACGCAAUACCCAGAUCUGGGGCCCGUAGCAGACUCCAGAUCCGACAUUAUUUCCUAUCGCUUUCGAGAUCUCACGCAAUCUCGAGCCUAUAUAAUUGAUUCAUCAUGAGCGCAAAUCCGAGCAACGUUAUCCGCAGGAAGCUGGUCAUUAUCGGUGAUGGUGCCUGCGGCAAGACCAGUUUGUUGAGCGUAUUUACGCUAGGUUACUUUCCUACACAUUAUAUUCCCACAGUUUUUGAGAACUACGUGACGGACUGCAGAGUGGACGGCAAGUCUGUCCAGCUCGCUCUUUGGGAUACUGCUGGCCAGGAAGACUACGAGCGAUUACGACCCCUUGCAUAUUCGAAAGCCCAUGUCAUUUUGAUAGGCUUUUCUGUCGACACCCCAGAUUCUCUCGACAACGUUAAGCACAAGUGGAUUGAAGAAGCCCAGCGACUUUGCACCGGUGUUCCUAUCAUUCUCGUUGGCCUGAAGAAGGAUCUUCGAGAAGACCCCGUUGCGAUUGAGGAAAUGCGCAAGAAGUCGAUGCGAUUUGUGUCAGAGCACGAUGGAGAGUCUAUCGCACGAGAAAUUGGCGCAAAACGAUAUCUGGAAUGCUCCAGUUUGAGCGGCGAGGGUGUCGACGAUGUCUUCGAGGCGGCUACUCGUGCUGCUCUGCUGACUUUCGAAAAGGGUGAGGGCGGUGGCUGCUGUGUCGUGCUGUAAAGACUCAGUAGUGCACAAUCUGACACAGAUGCGAACUCGGCAUCUGGGUUGUAAGCAGCGAAACCCACCUUGAGAACUGGCCCAGGUAUAUCUCCAAGCGAUCAACUACCGUUCGCCUCGGCCAUGACACCGGAACAUUUUCCAAUUUCUGGAGACAAUUAUAGGAUUUUUUGGACACCAGGGAAUCACACAGGAUAUAGAGGACUUAUUGCUCGGCGCUCUAGGAGGAGGACAUCUUUUUUUCUUAUAUUUUAUUUUGGCGCGCCGUCUUGUCUUUCAGUUGACAGGCGGAUCGUGGCCAAGGGACAGCCAAAACUCAUAGCCACCAACAUUCCAUCUCCAACAACUCAACCGCCUACCGAUUCGAAUACCGGCAUUCCCCCCCGUUGUUUUUUUAUUGCCAGGUGCUCCCUGUCCAAGACACAAGAAAAGAAAUAUGAAUAUGCCGUUUUGGGAUAACAUUCUCCAAGACAAAACGGACUGUUUAGCUCUGUUCAUCUUGUCUUCCCCCUGCGCAUUUGUCCUUGUUUUCCUUUAAUCUUGAACAUGUUCGCAAUUAUUUAUUUUUUUGACCAGCGGUUCUCUCCCUGUUAAGCACCCUUAUUAUCUGGCCAGGGGAAUGCGAAAGUCUUUAAAUACAUGGCAUCCCGGGAGGAUACAAAAAUACGGGAGCGGAUUGGAGGUGUGGGUAGGAGGAGUCUGAUAUUUUGCAUGAUUUGAUUCAAGCGGGUUAGGCAAUGCAUAUUUUAUCCAUGUGUUAUCUAAUAAUUAGGACAGCGGCAUAGAGCUGGCUGGCUUGGUCGAGCAUAGGAUGGGCGAGAGUGAAUUAAUGGCAUACUUGAGACUGGGA